UGCUUUGUGAAGGAUGAGGACGUUGACAGUUUGCCUGUGUGGUGCUAGCCAGCAACAGCCGCUUGAAUGUAGGUCCGCAUGGGCUGUUUUACAUCUCUAAAUAACCCAGCGGCAAGAUAAGAAAAGGAUCCCAGGAUGGUUUUAGUGCAUGUCGGAUACCUGGUUCUCCCCGUAUUCGGCUCAGUCAGAAACAGAGGAUCCCAUUUCAACCGGCAACAGCAGCAGCAGCAACAGCAGCACAGCCAUGCUACCUCUUGCCGGCACUUCCAGCUAGGCCCUCAGGCCCCGCUCCCCAUGGACUUCCCCAUGCCCCACCCCGGGCAGCCCCAGUCAGGCAUUAACCCCCACCUCGCCCCACCGGGCCACCAGCAUGGCCCCCCUCUCCACGCACCCCUCAACCCCCUGCCAGCGCCCCAGUUCCAGGAUAUCUCCGCCCCCCCCUUCCUACCUCAGGCAUUACACCAGCAAUACCUCCUGCAGCAGCAGCUCUUGGAGGCCCAGCACCGACACAUCCUGCCGCCAUCCAGACGCACCCCAGAGAGAGUUGCCCACCAGACCCACAGACUGAGACCAGGGUAUGAGUUCGCCCCCCCUCUCCAUGUCACCCCUCAGCCUGUGCUCCAGCAGCCCCGUUACCUGGCCGAAGGGACAGACUGGGAUCUGAGUGUGGAUGCCGGGAUGCCCCCCCACCAGUACCACCUCCAUCCACUGCCACAGCACUAUCAGCACUACCUAACCUCUCCCCGGAUGCACCACUUCCCCAGGAACAAUGCCUCAACACAAGUGGUCGUCCACGAGAUCCGGAACUACCCGUACCCACAGCUCCACCUGCUGGCUCUGCAGAGCCUCAACCCCUCCCGCCACGCUUCAGCGGUGAGAGAGAGCUAUGAGGAGCUCCUGCAGCUGGAGGACCGGCUGGGCAGCGUGAACCGCGGGGCUGUCCAGACCACCAUAGAGAGGUUCACCUUCCCACACAAGUAUAAGAAGAGAAUACCACAGGACCUGAAGAUGUGUCUUGAGGACGAGGAGCUGGACACGGACGAGAAGUGCACCAUCUGUCUGUCCAUGCUGGAGGACGCAGAGGACGUCAGGAGAUUACCCUGCAUGCACCUCUUCCACCAGGGGUGCGUGGACCAGUGGCUGGCCACCAGCAGGAAGUGCCCCAUCUGCAGAGUGGACAUUGAGACCCAGCUGUCCGCCGACAGUUGAUGCCCCCUCCUGCGGGCCACCCGUGCAGCUUUUUGGAUCUGGUCACGUCAUUCUUCUACCGCCCCCUUCUGGAGGGAGGCCGGAGGUCGGAGCGCUGCCAAACGACGACAACACCACCUCCUCCUCCUCCUCCUCCUCCCGCCCUCUGCACCACCCAAUGAGCCUGCCUUCUGAGCCAGCCGAAGAGCCAACCCAAUGUGGACGAGGGGAUCAACAAAGCACACGCAACACGGCAAGGAAAUGUGGGGUUGGGUUGGGGCAGGGGGGAGGGCCGAUGCAUAGGUAGAGGGCUCAUUAGAGGGACGCUUGACUCUGGCUGAAUGGGAGAGAAAAAAAAAAGGGGGUAAAUGUCCAAAGACAGAUGUGCUGAGGCUUCUUGUGACUCUGUCAGAUUGUGUACCCCGGUCCACUUUCUCCCUGUUACCGCCACCAAGAUGUAACGCGCCAAAUCUUUCAAACUCUCUCUCGCUCCCUGUCUCACUCGCUGUGAUGAGGUUGUCCCAAUCCCCUCCCCAAACCCCAUCACUGUUUCUGCCACCUCUUUCUACCCCCCCCCCCUCCCUCAUCACGCCCCCGACCCCACCCCCCCAGGCCUGUGAAAAACAAAUCCUUUAAGCUAGCGCCCCCUAGCCAAGCCCUCAGUACAUCUGUACAGAACAUUAACCAGUGGUUGGCAUGAGGUUGUAUGGUGUGCACUCUUGUAGCUGAAUGCUUGUGGUGUUUUGGAGUCUAGUACUGAAUUUCAAGUUAUUUGCAGAGUAACAGUGUUGUGUAGCAAGCAAAAAAAAAACCUUUCGCUUUAAGACAUAUUUACGUGAAUUAUAUAACCGCAGAGAGGAGAAAUGCAACUUUUUUUUCUUUUUAAAAUGUGAAGAUAUUUGGAAUGUUAAAUCUUCAUAGGCAUUACAUAGAAGGAAGCUUUACAGAAUCUGUUAAAAAAAAAAAAAAGGCCAAAAAACUCUCAGUAUCUCUCUCUGGCGCUCUCUCGCGCACUGUCCCUCUCUUUUAUCUAACAUGGUCUUGGAUUUACCGUUAGUAGACGUCAUCAGAGUUGAUGCUAAAACCGCUAACUGCAGGCAUGGCUUCCAGUGAUCUGUGUAGUGUUUGUAGCCGGGCCUCUCUACCCUAGAGCGGAGGCCCGGGAUGUGCAUGCUGUAUGGCAGGCUUGGGCUGUGUCGUAUUGUGGACAGGGAUUGUUUUCUACCCCAAGUAGAGAACAGGGAGUGUGUGCACGCCUGCGCGUAUGCGUGUGUGUCGUGAGCAUGUGAAACCGUAUACGAUGACUCUGCCGAUCCCACUCACCCUUGGAGGGGGACCAGAAUGCACCCCAGUCACACCCCAUCGCACCCUUCUCUCCACACACACACACACACACACACACACACACACACACACACACACACACACACACACACACACACACACACACACACACACACACACACACACACACACACACACACACACACACACACACACCAAAGUUGCCCCCAGAGACUGAUCCACCGUUCAAUGCCGACCUCCCCCCCCUCCGACAAGUGGGGUCCCCAGAGGUGGUGCGCCACGUACAUCCGUGUCUAACAGUGACCCCCUCUCCGUCAACCCCCCCUCCGUCGCCUCAUUUAACGGCAUGAUCUCCACCCCGAGGACGCCGUGCCUGCAGAGUCCCGCCAUUAGUGAACAGCAGUGUGACGUUUGUAUGACCUAUUUACCGGAACCUUAUUGCCUAAUCGAACAAGCACACGUGAUUCUCUACACCUAUUUAACCGCCUACGUUUGUUGUUUGUCGUCGUGUCGGCUCCUCCUCAUUUCAAUCUAAUCUAUGAGUUGCUCCCUUUUUUCCGUUUUUUUUCUUUUGCCAAAACGGCCGUGUCUGGUGUUACGGGGGAAAAUGGGUCUUUAGUUUGCCUAAUGAUGUGUUUCUAGAAUGUGUAUGAUUGCAACACAACCCACCCAGCCCCCCCUCUCUCCAUGAUAGUAGUGUAUGGUACUGCUAGUAUGGCUGUGAUGUGCUCCGUGAUAGAAGCCGUUUUUGUCUGUAUCAUGCAUGAGCCAUGUUGGUGUAGUUCGCUUGAAGGAGGGUGAAAGGGAGAAAAGCCAUCCAUUUAAAAAAAAAAAAAAAAAAAAAAAGAAAAGAAAAAAUACCAAACGAUUUUUCUUGACUUUUAAGUUGGGAUUUUCUGUUGUCUGUUUCUUCCAUUAGUUAUCUUUUUUUGUUCCUUAUGGAAAUUGAGAUUUCUUUAUUUCGUUUUAUUUCGCUCUCAUGCCAAUUUGGACAAGGUAAUUGGGUGCCUUGUCUGUUUAACCAUUUUUGAAGAUAAAGCUGCAAUGCUGAAAACAUAUUUAUUGCUGUUCUAAUGUAGCUUGUGUUUUGUAAAUGCACUAUAAUAUGGAGUUGCCUGAUUUUUUGGUUUGGUGGUGUGGGGUCUCCUUGUCCUAGAUUAUGUGUUUGUAUUGAGUUACAAGUAUCUUCAUGCUUCCUUGUGUACUAUUGGAGGGUAACUUGACUGUUUGUGUUGCGUUCAUUAUUUUGAUUCCUCUUUUUUUUUUCGUAUGAAACCUCCAUCCCAAAAAAAAUAAUCUUGACAUGGAUGAAAAUGGAGUUUCUAGUCCACAUAGAAUGCUGUGAUUUAAGAUGCCUUAAGUAUUUAACAAUCAUUAUUUAUUACUAACUGUAGCUAGCUAGCUAUCGUGGUGGAAUAUUUAAUGUCUCUAUCUCAUAACUUUGCAAUUUAAUCAAUAUAUUUAUUUAGAAAUAACACAAAAUAGAAAAAAAUAAUACCUCAUUAUGCAUUGGUCGGUGGGGAUGCUUUUGCAUGCCGUCUGUGUGUUUCCUUUCUUUUUUUUUUCCAAAGAAAGAAAAAAAUAAUAACCUUUUCGAAAAGUAUUUCAAAAACAGUUUCUAGCCAGCAUGGUGCUGUUGAACUGGAUCACAUUCCAUCUGUGUCAUACAUUUUUAUCACAUUUUUGUUCCUCUCAUCUUCCGUUAUAAUCACUUUUUUUGAUCUGUCUGAUCAGACCAGAUGGGAGACAAUCCCUCAAUAUUAUUAUUAUUAUUAUUAUGGCCAUUGCUUGCUUUUCAAAACAUGGUACAGCUUUAUUUCCCAUAAUCAAUACUAUUUGUUUUGAGUUGUUUUUCAGUCUGUUUGAUAUCACCAUGUUUAGGAUAUUCCAUCAUAUCCAGAUCUUAAUUCAAAGCUUAUUCCCUGCCCUGUCCCCUCCCCCCAAAAGCGGGGAUCUGUAUUAUUUGGUACUAUGUAUUGCUGGCAAUUGCUUUGUUUGUGUGGGGUCCGGAUGGUAGCUAACAUGCUAACUCAAGCUAUUGAUCUUAUUGAGCAAAUUAAUGGUGUAUUACCGUGGUUAUCCGGUUCUAGAUAGACUUGUAUUACACCUGGUUAUAAUAAGCUAACCACUUGUUUUUCUGUGUGCAUUUUUCCCCUAAUCCAGCAUAUAAUUAUACCACAUUACGGAUUGGGUAGCGUUGAUUGGUCUUAACUAUUAUUUCAUUUCGUGCUCUCACUGGCCUUACCCUAUGCCCUCUGCAGUGUGUCCCAUUAAUCCAGAGCGACCUGGACCGUAGCCAUAGUAUUAACUCAAGCUGGUGAACCGGAAUGAACAGUAGAACUCAAAGCACAAGCUUUUUAAUGCAUGUCCUUCUCAGGUUUUCCUAUGUGUACGUGGGAGUAGCUCUGUAGAUGUGUUUAAUAUGAUGCUGUACCUUCUUGAAUAUUUCAGAUGUUUCUUUGCUGCUGAGAAAAAAAAAAUACACAAAACACAAAACCCAUGUUGAUUAUUAACCUGCCAGUGAAAAGGGACACGGCCAUCUUUGUACAACACACUGCUGUUUUGCUGUAACCGCGCAAUGUUUUAUGAUCUUGAGUAUUUUAUAGAAAAAGUAGAAGUAUGUAUCAAUAAUAUGAAAGCAAUAGCUACAUCAUAAUGAAGAAUAACAUGAUCAGUGAUUAUUGUGGAAACUCUUUAGAUUCACUCUGGGUGGAUUUUGUACUGUAUUUAUUACUAAUGAUGAUGCAAAAGUUGCAUAGCUUAACCCAAACUGUUCUGUCUCCUUUUUUUAUUUAUUGUCUUGUAUAUGAUCUUUUUGUAUGUGUUUUUCAAAUAAACCGCCUAAAAUGCUCAUUAAA